ACCUAUUGAAACUUUGUGGCACGAGAUGAAAAACGUUCUACGACAACAUUCUGCUCGUACAAUCACCGAACUGAGACAAAAGCUUCAUGAAAUAUGGGAUUGUUUUACACCAAAUUUUUGCCAAAACUUGGUUAACACUAUGCCCCAAAGAAUUUCAGCCGUAAUGAAAAAUAAAGGUGAUGUUACCUAAUGGUAAUCUGUCAAUUGUUGCUUUGUUAACAUUUAUUCGCACAUUGCUUACUUGUUCAGAUGUUCUAUUAGUUAUAGGUCUAAUGCAUCUGAAAUGUUUUUGAGAAAAUAGAUUGUUUUAGAAGUAAAUAGUUUCGUCUUGUUUAGUUUAUAAAGGCAUAUUUUG